AUGCUGUCUUGGUCGCCGACCGGUUGGCCCGGUUCUAUCUGCGGUUGCUGCAAACCAGGCACCGCCGGCACCGGCAGUGAUCUCCAUCGGAGCAACAGCCUGGCCGAGUUGCGAAGAAAAGCUCAGGAACAUUCAACCGCCUCGGCCCUCCUCGGCGGUCUCGCCGGUUUUCCCGGCGGUCUGCCCCUGCCUCUGCCCCUGCCGCUGCUGCCGCCACUGCUGGGUCUCUCCAGGCGACCGGAGCACCAUCAUCAUCAUCAUUUGCCCAGCGUAGUACACCAGAUACAGCCAACUACCAAGGAGGAUCCAUAG